AUGCAAAAAGAAACACAAAAACCGGAGGCAGCAAAGAGCCAAGUGUCCAACAAGCCCUCACAAACAAUGAACCUAACAGACCGCACGGCCCGCCGUCAACACGCCUCAUACCCACCCUCAGACUCAGACCCAACCUCCUCCUCAGGCUCCUCAGAAGAAGACUUCAGCGAAAGCGAAAGCGAAAAGGAGGACGAGCACCACUCCGACCAGGAUAUGCGCGACGAACAAAGAACCACAGCGGCAAACCCAACCGAUCCCUCCUCGUCACUACCGCAUAUUGGCGGCCGGCCCAAACCGCGCAUACACCGCAUGAAGGGUGACUCGGAGCUGUUAUCGCGACUUAGUGCUUUCUUGCCGCAGAUGAAGACCGCAAAUGAGGAUUUGCAGAGGGAGAUAGAGGCUGGGAGGGUUGGGGAUCUUGUUCUUGAUAAUGCUGAUGAGGGCGGAGAGCAGUAUAUUGAGAUGGAUCUCGGUCUUGGUGUCCUAGAAGAAAAGAAGGACGGCGAUUCGUCUAGUGAGGACGAUGAUGAUAAGGAAGAGUCGAAGACGGGUUCUGCGGCUACUGGGAACACUUCCCAAGACUUGAAGGAUUCUGAUAUCAUUGGGAAGCUUAUGGGAGGCAAGGGCAAGAAGGCCGAGGCCGAUAAACCGUCUAUUGAGGAGAUGGCGGAAUAA